AGAGGGACUUUUUCUUUGGCUUUUAUUAAUUUCACAAAAAAUAGAGAAAAGAAGACGCCCCCCACCUCCACCCCCCCAAAAAAGGCAUUAGUAAAGCACACGGGCGCAGCAGGAUGGCCCAGAAGGAGAAGCUCCAGUGCCUGAAGGACUUCCACAAGGACACGCUGAAGCCGUCCCCCGGCAAGAGUCCCGGCACCCGGCCCGAAGACGAGGCCGAGGGCAAGCACCCGCAGCGGGAGAAGUGGGCCAGCAAGCUGGACUUUGUUCUGUCGGUGGCCGGAGGAUUCGUGGGUUUAGGGAACGUCUGGCGCUUCCCGUACCUCUGCUACAAGAACGGCGGAGGUGCUUUCCUCAUCCCCUACUUCAUCUUCCUGUUCGGCGGAGGUCUCCCGGUCUUCUUCCUGGAGGUGGCGCUCGGCCAGUUCACCUCCGAGGGGGGCAUCACCUGCUGGGGCAAGCUGUGCCCCAUCUUUACAGGAAUCGGGUACGCUUCCAUCGUCAUCGUGUCCCUGCUGAACAUCUACUACAUCGUCAUCCUGGCCUGGGGGGUGUACUACCUGUUCCAGUGUUUCCAGCCCGAGCUGCCGUGGGCCAAGUGCAACCAGCCGUGGAACACGGAUCGCUGCAUCGAGGACACCUACCGCAAGAACAAAAGCCUCUGGCUGCCUUCCAACUUCUCCAACUUCACCUCCCCUGUCACAGAGUUCUGGGAACACAAAGUGUUGGGGAUAAGCAGUGGCAUUGAGCACAUGGGCCCCAUCAAGUGGGAUCUGGCUCUGUGUCUACUCCUGGUCUGGGUCAUCUGCUUCUUCUGCAUCUGGAAGGGCGUCAAGUCCACCGGGAAGGUGGUCUACAUCACGGCCACGUUCCCGUUCGUCAUGCUCAUCGUCUUGUUGAUCCGCGGCGUCACCUUGCCCGGUGCCUCCGAGGGCAUCAAGUUCUACCUGUACCCCGACCUCGCGCGCCUCAAAGACCCAGAGGUGUGGAUCGACGCCGGCACCCAAAUCUUCUUCUCCUACGCCAUCUGUUUGGGCGCCAUGACGUCCCUGGGCAGUUACAACAAGUACAAAUACAACUGCUACAGGGACUGUUUGCUGCUGGGAGCCCUCAACAGUGGUACCAGUUUUGUGUCUGGCUUCGCAAUCUUCUCCGUCCUGGGCUUCAUGGCGCAGGAGCAAGGGGUGGACAUUGCAGAUGUGGCAGAAUCAGGUCCCGGCUUGGCCUUCAUUGCCUACCCCAAAGCCGUAACCAUGAUGCCUUUCCCCACACUCUGGGCCAUCCUCUUCUUCAUCAUGCUCCUGCUGCUUGGCCUCGACAGUCAGUUUGUGGAGGUGGAAGGGCAGAUCACAUCACUGGUGGAUCUGUAUCCGUCCUUCCUACGGAAGGGUUACCGCAGAGAGGUCUUCAUCGCUAUCAUAUGCUGCAUCAGCUACCUGCUGGGACUCACCAUGGUUACCAAGGGUGGCAUGUAUGUGUUCCAGCUGUUUGACUACUAUGCAGCGAGCGGUGUGUGCCUUCUGUGGGUGGCAUUCUUUGAAUGUGUAGCUGUUGCCUGGGUUUAUGGCGUUGAUAACUUCUACGAUGCUGUGGAGGACAUGAUCGGCUACCGACCGAACCCUUGGAUGAAGUGGAGCUGGUCUGUCAUCACUCCCUGCUUGUGUGUGAGCUGCUUUAUUUUCUCUCUGGUCAAAUACAAGCCGCUGACGUACAACAAAGUCUACGAGUACCCCGACUGGGCCAUCGGGGUGGGCUGGACCUUGGCCUUGGCGUCCAUGAUCUGCAUCCCCAUGGUGGUGGUCAUCAAGAUCAUUCGCUCCGACGGGCCGCUCAUCGAGAGGAUCAAGGCGGUGGCGGCCCCGGUCCGCGGCGGCGCCAGUUCCCGCCCGGCGGACCACCGCCGGCCCGGGGACCCGGCCUACUCCGUGGACCCCAACGGGAACAAGGGACUGCUGAUGAAGGGCCCCAGCCACACCAUCGUAGAAACCAUGAUGUAAAAAGAAAAGAAAAGAAAAAAACGAAAGCGGGGCGGAAAGCUCUCCAUGAGAUCGCGAACCCCCCCCCCCCCACCCACCCCCGCCCCAACCCACCUGCCCCCAACGCUCUUCCUUAAGCUAACGCUAACUAGCCGCCUUCUGUUUCUCCGUCUGUCCCGUUCGUCCGUUUUGCUCUCUGGUGGAAUGAGGAAAAAAAAAAAAAAGGGUUGAAGGAAGAAAAGAAAACAAAACGUUCUCUCGGAUCUUUUUAGGAAUGGAGGAAGUUUCUCUUCUUGGGCCGGACAAGACGGCGACCACGGAGUCCUGGUAUCAAAACGUCAAAGUUGGACUGAAUCCCAAAAAGAAAGCCCAAGUACGGCAGGAAUGUUUACGGCACACAAAGUUUUUCAAGUGUACCCCCCACCAUCCCCAAGCCCCUCCCCCACCUCCAAUGUCCAAAGUCCGAUUUUGUGAACUCCCGAGCGCCGUUGCCGAGAACCGGAACAAACCCGAAAAUGUCGAGCCCCAAAACAAGCGAACAGAAAACCUUUCGGUUGAAAGCGGGAAAUUUUUCAAGCAAUUCCGGUUGACGGAAUUUGGAUCAAUCGGAAUUAUGCCAACGUCCGCUGAUGCAUGAAAAUGUCUGAAAAAUUCUUGUCGUGCCCAACAUGGAAGGAAAAUCAGUCGAAUCAAAUUUUUUUUCAGUCUUCGCAGUGGAUUUGCUCAAAAUCGGAAUUAGGAAUCAAUUUUGGUACAAAAUGAUUUAUUCCUAGGGUUGAAUUUUUUUUAAUGCAAAUCCCGCAGAAAAUUCUGCCGCAUCCGAAUCUUGCCUCGUUGGUUAAAAGCUGCAGAUUUUUGUCUGCCCAUGAGCAAGGCUCGUUCUUUCGCCGACCCCUCCUCGGGAAUUCAACCGCGGGUUGUAAUAAAUCGAUAAUAACGCUAAAACUGGAUGAGCGGCCGAGGCUCUGUUGAACGUGACGAUUUUUUUUCGGCAAUCUCACCGUCGGACCGAUUCCGCCUGGGAAAUUCAACCAAAUCGGAAACAGGGAAAUUUCACAUAUUAGUAAACUGUACUUGAAUUCAUCUUUUCUUUUUUUUUUUUUUCUUAUUUUUUUUUUUAGUAAUUCUUCCAAAGAUGUUUUUGUGGACCAAAAAUUUGUGACAUUUCAAUGUAUUGAUGAAGUGAUGGAAACAAUUUGUCGACGUGUAAUUAAUUCAGUAUGCAAACCAAACAAAUAUGAGAGAUAUUGAAGUAAAUAAUGUGCCACCAGGUCAUCACAUUUUCAAUAGUUGCUACAAUUCGCUGUGCGAAAUUCACCGUCUGUGCCCCCAGGCAGGGUUACUUCAGGUCAGAACCAAACCAGCCAAUCCAGUGACUCUUUCUUAGUAUGUGACGUCACGUGACUAAGAAAGCAUAACUGCGAUUGGCUGGCUGUUCGGUUCUGACCGGUGAACUUCACACAGCAAAUUGGAGCCGGUUGAAUUUUUAACAUUGAAAAGUUGCGGUGAAAUACAACUAUUAAAAAUGUGAUGAUUUAACAUUUCAUAUUCAAACCCUGUUUUCAAAUUCAAAUCCCGGUGGCACAUUAUUCACUUCCGUAUGAGAGCAACAAAAGUUCCCAUUCAGAAGUUUUUGGUAACCUUGGUGCACCAAACCAAAUCUUUUUUUUCGCUGCGCUUGCCAAUGUUUUCAUUUUUAUUUUUUAAAUACGCGACACAUCAAAGCUGUGAAUAAAAAAAAAAAAAAACCCUCGACCCCCCCCCCCCCAAAAAAAAAAAAAAAAAAAGAACGUGCUGAAUGUGUACUUCGGACAAGUCCAAACCAGCAUCGCGGUUGUGAAAGCGGACUUGACGAAGCCCGAGAGGACUGGACCACCUGAGCCCUUUGAAACGUUUGUUGGCGUCUUCGCCGUUGUGUUCCGCGCUAGCCGACCCGUCUCGUGACCUCAAGCUCGAUAUCUCGCCGUUCCGGACCCGCCUCCGGCCUCCGACUGGACUUUUUCAUUUGUAGUAUUAUCCUUCUUCUUCUUCUUCUGAUGAGUCCCUCCGUCUAUGUACUCUUAGGACUGUCGUGUACUCGUAUUUGCUGUGGAUGAGUAGUUUCACGUAGGCCGACGACCUCGCUGCUACGCAAAACGGCCGGGACAAAAGUAUUGGGACACUUGUCGCCGAGCGGACUCCGCGCGAGGCUGUUGCCGUGGCAACCUUCCCCACCCACCGCAGGGAAAAGGAGCAAAUGCGCGUUUUGGCAGAUUUGGACAAAAGUAGUAACAGUCGAAGGCGACGCUUUAGGAAAAGUCAUUGGGCAAAAAAAAAAAAAAAAAAAAAUUGUGAUUAAAAAUUGUGGACAAAUGGGGAAAAGUCAUUGCUUGAUUUGGACAAAAGUAUUGGGACAGGGAAAGGGACAACGGGGGAAUUUGAACAAAAGUAUGAAGACGAUAACGUGAAGAAAAUCUUGGGGAAAAGACAUUUAAAAUGAAUGUAGAAAAAUGUGGAAAUUUGGACACAAGUAUAAGUACAAGCUAAAAAAGUAGAAAAUAAUUUUAGGGGACUGUUUUUAUAUUAUUAUGAUGAUGAUUAUUUCAUCGAACGUUUGCUCUGUUUCUGCACACUAUUGAGCACAACACCGCCUGCCGGAUGCGGUGGGGCACUGCCCGACUUGCCCCAAACGUAAAAUCCCUUGGAAGCAUCGCAAUACUUUUGUCCAUAGAGUUGCCUUUUGUUUUUUAAUUUUUAAUUUUUAUCUUGAAAAUCAUCCAUCAUGCUAGCGUCCCAUUUGCUAACAUCAACAAACGACAUUUUCCACGACGUCAAUCUUGAACAAUUCUGAAUUUCCUUCAACAAAAAGUGAGCCCAUCACUCUUUAGCCCCCCAAAAAAUGAACUUUUAUUCAUCAAAUCAAAUCAAUUUAUAUUUUUCAACAUUUUUUCCAUCUAAUCGUUCACACCAUGACAUUUUCUACCCUCCCUAAAUGAUUCCUGAUUAUUUUUUUUCCCAAAUAAAUAUCAGAUGUCCCCUUGAAUAAUUUAGUCAUAACUCCCCAAACGAACAGCUCAUAUCAUCAUUUUCUCCCGAAAUGAAUUGCUAAUAUUUUGUUUAAAUAAUUGAUUUCUUUUUCUUUCCUCAAAUAGUCCAUAUAAGAUCAUCCUCACAAAUAGAACAAAUUAUUCAUUUUCUUUGAAAAAACUUGUCAUGUUUUCUCCUGCAAUAAUUUCACUUUCCCUCUUUUUUUUCCUUCCAUAAGUACUUCCUUUCAGUAAUUCCUUUCAAAUAAUUCCUCCAAAUAUUACCGUUAAUUAUUUUCUCCGCAGAGAUUCAGCAGCCGAUGUCAUUUAAUCUUUUUCCUCAACUAAAGUUUUUUUUUUUCCCUCCAACAAAAAGUUCCAAUCCUAUUUUUUCCGCCCUCACUUUAUGAUUCAAUUUUCCCCAAACAAGAAGACGACAUCCAAAAAACUGCUGAAAUUUUUACAUUCCCACCGGGAUCCCGAACGCCACACUGUCUGUCGCUAAUAUCGCUAACCGGCGACGCUAACGACCAAACGUCAAAACUUGAAAUAUUUGUGCAUUUUUGGUGCUCACAUCUUUACCAAUUCCUCUUUUCUUUGUUUCUUUUUUAUUUUUAUGUUCCAAUAUCCUUGCACUCAAUCGCGUGCAGUUACUAGCGCGGUUUUCCAAAGUGUUUUAAUUCACGUUUGACGAGCUGCGCGAUUCCCGCUCUGUGGACUCGGUGCUGCCCCCUAGCGGUCUCUUUCCAUUCUUUCGCUUCACUGCGCCUCGUCAGCUCAAGCACAUUUUGCACUCAUCAUCAUCUUCAUCAUCACCCCCCCCUACGGUAUCCAUGGCAACGCUCGUCUCCACAACCUGAUAAAACCGUUUUGAGCAUUUCAAAGGUUUCAUGAGCUUUUCUUUCGUGUUUUCUUCCAAGUCAUCUGUAAGCUUGGAGGGGGAAAAAAGUGUUGAUCAGGUUUAAUUAAAAAAAAAAUGUAAAUGUUGUUUUUGGUUGUCACUUGAUUAAAAAUAUACAGUAUACAUCCCA